UAAUCUCCUCGAUAUAGUGAAACUGGCCCUCUCUCGCCCGUGGACUAGCUAACACACAUCGUGUCAGUGAACCACGUAAAUCGUGUGUCUGUGUUUUUCGAUUUUCGCUUUCGUAUUCUUCCUUUAUUGAAACACCAAGGGUUGUGGGGGCCGCUGUCUGCGAAACAGAAGAAGACAGCGAUCGAUGACGAUGAGUGGAAUACCCUGGGAGGAGAAGGCCCACUCGACCAUCAUGCUAUCGUUGUCUAAUGACGUCAUCAUUGAAGUCGUUGCUGAGAAGAUUGUCGUGGGCUUGUGGUUGAACUAGAGAGUAUGUACAUGACUAAGUCUCUAACCAACAAGCUGCAUCUCAAGCAACAGUUGUUCAGCUUGAGGAUGCAAGAAGGUACGCCUUUGAGGGAACAUCUUGAACAACUUAACUCUAUUUUGCUGGAUCUGCGUAAUAUAGAUGUUCAAGUUGAUGACGAGGAUGAUGCCUUAAUCCUGCUGGUUUCUUUGCCGAGUUCAUAUGAGAAUUUUGUUGAUUGUUUUAUUGCCGGUAAAGAAAGCGUGUCGUUGGAGGAUGUCAAGUCUGCUCUCCAUACGAGAGAGAUCAGGCAUAAGGCGUCCGGAUCUGGUACAGGUGGUGGGGCAUCGGGUUUGGCUGUUACAGGUGGAAAGGGAAAUAAGAAAUCUGGUAAAGAGAAUUCGAACAAGAAUUCUAAGGGUCCUGGUCCACAGCCAGGUGAUGCUUGUCACAACUGUAAGGAAGUGGGGCAUUGGAAGUACAACUGUCCCAGGAGAAGAGGGCAACAGAAGAAAAAAUGUUCAGUUGCCGUGGCAGAAGUGGACAACAGUUCUGAAGACUAUCUCGCCUUGGCUGUAGAUGAGAAGGCACAUCGUGGGGAUGUGUGGUUUCUGGAUACUGCAGCCUCAUACCAUAUGUCUCCGAACAGGGAUUGCUUCACAACCUACGAGCAUAUAGAUGGUGGUAACGUGGUCAUGGCAAAUAGAGAUGUCUGCAAGGUUGUUGGAAUCGGGUCCAUAAAGGUUCGGGCACAUGAUGGUUCGUUCUGUACCGUGAAUGAUGUCAGACAUGUUCCACGAAUGACAAAGAACCUGAUCCUCUUGAGUCUACUCGACAACAAGGGUUUCAGCUUCAAAGGAAAAGGUGGAGUUGUAUAUGUCUGCAAAUGUUCAAGGAAGGUGCUGAAGGGCGUGAAGCGUGGGACCUUGUAUGCAUUACAAGGGUCUGUGUUGUCUAGUUCUGCUGCAGUUGCAUUGUCUCAGGUUCAUCAGGAAGAUAUGACCACUCUCUGGCACAUGAGACUGGGGAAUAUGAGUGAACGAGGGAUGUACGUUCUGUCAAAGAGGGAUCCUAUUUGCGGGCACAAGGUGCAAAAUUUGAAAUUUUGUGAGCAUUGUGUGUUUGGGAAGCUAUAUCGCAACAAAUUUCCCAAUAAGGGUAUCCACCGGACGAAGGGGAUACUGGAUUACCUCCACUCCGACUGUUGGCGUCUUUCACAAGUUGAAUCCAUUGGAGGCAGUAGAUAUUUUCUGUCUAUUAUUGAUAAUUAUUCGAGAUUUACUUGGAUUUUCAUGAUGAAGCAGAAAAGUGAGGCUUUCACGAAGUUCAAGCAGUGGAAUACAUUGGUGGAGAAUCAGACCGGGAAGAAGAUCAAGAAGCUGCGAACGGACAAUGGUUUGGAGUUCUGUAAUUCUGAGUUCAACGAAUUCUGCAAGGAUGAAGGGAUUGCCCGUCAUCGGACCGUUAGAGAUACACCACAGCAGAAUGGCGUUGCAGAAAGGAUGAACUAGACAUUGUUGGAGAGAGCACGAUGCAUGCUCUCUAAUGCUGGACUAGAGAGAAGAUUUUGGGCAGAAGCAGUAAACAUGGCGUGCUUCCUGAUCAACUGUGGACCUCACACAAGUAUCGAGUGUAAGACUCCUUAUGAAGUGUGGUAUGGUAAGUCUACUGAUUACUCUUCACUGAAAGUUUUUGGGUGUCCGGUUUAUUAUCAUGUGGAUGAGAGUAAAUUGAACCCAAGGGC